CAAGACUCUGCGACGUUAGCCAACACUGCGGAGAUUUUGUUGAUAGCACAGCGAGAGGCUGAGUUUUUCGAUCGCUGAUUGACCAGCAAAAGUAUCCAUGUCCGUAGAUCACGACCCGAUCCCAGAGCAGUGCAGCAAGUGCGGAAAAACGAGCGGCAAGGAACAGCCGUGCCGGCCUUCGGAAACCGCCGGCAAAGUUGGCUGCGGCGUUGCUGAAGCACUGUGCGGGGCCUGUACGUCUGCAAAAGACGGGAAAAAUAAAGGAAAUUCGCUGAAAUCAGAAACUGAAAAAAGUGUUUCAAUGAACGUAGACGUAGAUGCACCCACGGCCAAUGCAGUGCCAGGAACAGAAAAGCCAGACAACCCACCACCUCCAGGACCAAGCCAGCCAGAAGAAAGCCCGAAGCUACCCUCGACGUUUGCCAAAGCUGCGGAACCAUACACCAAUCUAAAAAGGAAGCCAGUCAGCUGUCAUGAAUAUCCUACCGAAAAUUUUUUAAAGUCACCCGAAGCCCCCCCAACAAAAGGAACGACAGCCGAAGCCGGAGGAAAGGAGAAGAGCAAGGAAGAGGUAAUGCAAGCUUCGCCUGAGGCCGCACUCUCUCGGACCACGAAACGCUGCGGAAAGAUCACGAGGAGUAGCAUCAAUGGAACGCCAGCGGCCACCAUUCCCGGAAAUCAGACGCCCACAAUAAUGAAGCGCCUGCGUAAGAGCACGCGGGCUACUCGCUUUAAGGCGAAGCUGACGGGACGCUCGGGCGUCGGAGGUAAUGGCGGACAGGCCAAUGGCUACAAUGGCACCCCCAACGGACCAGGGUCCACAACUCAUCCGUAUGGAACCGGAUCGCAUCCGGCUAACAGCAAGGCGCACUGCAAGUCUGGCGUGGGUAGUGCCGGUGGCUCACAGGGAGCCAGAAAUCGACGCGCCAUCUUCAAGCGUCCGGCACAGAAGACGCCCAAGGUGCAGGCUUGCACCAAGUUCGUAAAGAGCUUGUUCUAUAAGGGGAUCUACAUGCAAAUCGGUGAUAUCGUGAGCAUUGUUGACGGCCAGCAGAAGCUGUACUACGCCCAGAUCCGCGGUCUGCUCGUCGACGCCUACUGCGAGAAGUCGGCAUUCCUCACAUGGCUGAUACCCACUCAGGACAGUCCCGAUCCACAGGACUGUUUCGAUCCGGCCACCUACUUAAUCGGACCCGACGAGGAACUCUCCCGCAAGCUCUGUUUCCUAGAGUUCGUGAUGCAUGCACCCAGUAACUACUACUACGACCGCAGCACGCCAUUCCCCUUGCCGGACAUCGACGAGUACACAGGACAACGGUCUGGUGGCUAUAUAUGGACUCGUCUGCCGGUCGUCAAGAGGGAUCGGAACGAUACCCGCGCGCGCGAGCCAGUAAACAAGGGUGCUGCCUCCUAGCAGAACCGCCAAAAGCAAGAACGGCAAACGACAAAGACGAACAAAAAAGUGGCCGCCUAACGAAAAGGCCGUUCAAAAUGCGGAAAAUUUUAAUGAUCUAAUUUAUUGAGAAAAAUAUAUCCAAAAAUCUGAGCACUAA